UGUUCUAAUCGUGAAUCGCGUGAAUCGUUCGGCUAAACGCAAAAAAGUUAGGGGUUUUUGUGAAACUCGUAGAGCCCUUUUACGGUUGUGAAAGUGUUUCAACUCGUAACAAUGUUGAACGAAGAAGUGGACGACACUGAAUUCUUCCAGCAGGAUUUCACCACCGCAUCUGAGUGGGAGAUCUUCAACGCGCGGUUGGAGGAAAUCUUCCACGAAUGGAAAUUGUCCUACGGUCUGUGCGGCAGUCGCAGACCGCUGGAACGUAAUCAGCUGUCGCUAUGUGAGUGGACCUUAUCGAAGGAGAAGAUAAAGUUUGCCGACGUCGAACUGGAUGUCCUUCGGUUCAAGGCCAAUGUCCCUGAGGAAGAGCUGGUCGUGAAGGAAGGUGACGAGCCGGCCGGAGAUUGCCAAGCGUUUGUCGAUUUGAUGGCCAAUGAAAAUGAUUACUGCAUUGUUGACCAGAAGGUGGACGGGGAUUUGCAUCCGCUGGCCCAGUGGUACGGAUUGAGGGAGUUCGUCGUGAUAGUUCCGGUGAAGAACUCAAUUACCAACGAGAGUCAAAUUAGAAUUCUGAUGAGUUCGAUCCAUAUUGCCGUGUCGGAGAGUAGCUGCGAUGUUCCGGUGUUUGUGCAGGUUUUGGAUAAGGUGCAGAACGUUUUCCUGGGGCUUUGUGAAUCCGGAUCGACGAGAUUGUCGUUUGACAUUGUGCACUUGAAUGUUACGCCUCCGACGUGCAAAUAUCUUUCGGGUUUACUCGACGUUUUCAAGGGCAAAGUUGGAAUCCCGUACAUGGAUCCGGUUGCUGUUUCGGUUCGGUUUACCUAUUCGUUGCAAACAACGGGGUGUUUGAGUGCUUCCUACGUGGUCACUAAGAAAGUUCCAUUUUCCGAUAAUGGAACCGAGGAAACCGGUGAAGAAAACAUGAAGAUUUCGCUUCCAUUUGGGGUGGCGAUCGAUCCGGUGUCGGAAUUGGUACUGCAUUGCACAUGGCCACACGUGGCGGACAAUGUCGUGAUUGAUUCUCAAACCUAUUCCGAUUUCGAUCCGUUGACUGCUCCAGUCUGGAGCCUUCGGGCACGGUUCGAAGACACUCCGGUAUGCUACAUGUCCGAUUGCAUUCAGGAGUUUUUGCAAGUUUGCGGAUCGCGUCGCGCUAUAACCGAAUACUUUCCGGAACUGGCCUUCGGAGCCACGCAGAAUUUGGAAGGUACGAAGGCUUUGGAACGUCUGACUGAGUCCAAGAUUCCAACGUUAGCUUCCGUGAUUCCGGGAAUCUCGCCUCCCGGUGCUGGGGCGAAGAAAGAUGAGCACAAGUUGGACGGUCCACUGAAUGACGAACAGCUGAAGGAUAUGCUGUACUACCUGUUUCCGGAUGCGCAAAAGGAUGCACUUCAUGAAUACAUUAUGCCUUCGGCAGGUCAAACGGACUUCGAUCCGCUAAAGAUCAAAUCUGCAUGUCCGGACUCGUUGGUCCAUCGGCUGGCAACGCUGCUGGCCGUAUGCAAUGCGUACUAUGGAGGAAAGCGUGCCGUGGCCCAGCUGUGGGCCGAGUUUUCACAGGAGAUGCGAUACAGAGUGGAGCGCUGCAUUCAGAUACCAGGAAUCGCCGCUGGAUUCCCCGAUUCCAGAACGUGUUUGCUUCACCAGAAGUUGCAGAUGCUGAAUGUUUGCAUGGAGCGGAGGAAAAUCCGCGAGGGAGGGCUGCCCUUCUCGAUGACCGGUGCCGACGGAGCAAAAGAGGGUGGUCGCGAGGGAAGCCACGAGUCGGAGGAUGAAUUCUUCGAUUGCUCCGAUGAGGAUGAUGAAGAAUCCAAAAAACGUCACGCCCCCUGGAACCAACCGGUUGGACGGCUCUCGAAACUCGGCAAAAUGCUGCUGGUCGACUCGGAUGAGCCACUCUAUAUUCCGAUCACUCAAGAGCCGGUACCGAAAACCGAAGACCAACUGGAGGACGAUGCUGAAGUGAUGCUGAAACUGGGCCCCGGCAGUGAGCUGUGCACCCAGAUGAUGAGCGCCUCGCUGCUGUCCGACAUGGAGAGCUUCAAGGCGGCCAAUCCGGCCGGCAAGCUGGAAGACUUUAUCCGUUGGUACAGCCCGAGGGACUGGAUCGAGGAAGAUUCCGACGAGCGGGAUCCUUUCGGACGGAAGGGAACAUUGAGCUCUCGGAUGAUGAUCCCCGGGAAUACCUGGCAAACGGUGUGGGAAGAUGCUAGACCAGUGCCUGCCCGGCGUCAAAGACGUCUAUUCGAUGACGCAAAGGAAGCGGAAAAGGUGCUUCACUAUCUCGAUUCCAGAUCCUUGGGCCAGAUUGCUCAACUGACCAUGUCAACAUUGUUUCAUACUGCAAUCAGAACGAUCCAGGAAGAGGCUGGAGUGGAACGCGAAGUUAUUCCCAAUUUUACAGAAAGCAUGGAGAAAGUUACCGGUACAUGCUGUAAACUUUCGCGCGAAAAUUGGAUCACCAAUGCGCCGACUCGAGCAAAUUCGGUGAAAAAGUUCGAAGCUCUCCUAUCGGACAUCACCCAGCUGGAGAAUGUGAUUAUUCAGGUGAGAAGUCUACGGAAGAAACUUUUCCCCGACGGAGAGGGAGAAGCUUUGGAUAGAGAAGCGGGGCGAGCGGUGCUAUCCAAACUGCUGAAAGCUUUCGAGAGUGAACUGGAAGAUGGAGCGAAAAGCGCCAUGGCCAAGCGGGUGCUCAGCAUGUUCACCGAGGCGAAGAUGGCCGCAAAUGAGCUUGCAAACGAGCAAACUGUUGCGCUGGUAAGCUUUAUGCUUGUUGAUGGAGCUUAUAUUUCGCUGCCCGAUCCGGUGGAGAAACAGUUUACUUUGAGACUGGGCGGAAAAACAGUUAACAAGGGCAUGGGAUCGCCGCAGUUUAUGAGAGCCAUUCUCAUACACAACGAAUUCCGCCUCUGUGGAGCCUUCAGCCAGAACACUACAUUUUAUUGAAAUCAUUGAGCAAUGUGAUUGGAUGUGCUAAAUGUCACAUUUUCGUCUUAUUGGCUUUUUUAUGCUGAAGAGAAGCAACAGUUUAAUAACAACAUAACAUACUAUUAGAGCUGUUCGAUAAACAUAUGCUCAAUGAGACGGAUAUUUAUCGCUAUAUUAUUAAAUGCUAAACUAAGCUGGUGUUGGUU